AUGCCGCCCAGCGCAACCGCCUCCGGGGCGGAUGCCUCCAACGGGUCUUCCUCAGCCCGAAACCGAGACCACAGCCAGGGCAACCAGGAGCGCAAGUACACAACCGAGCAGAAGGCGGCAGUCCUGCGCAUCCGCCGGUGUAAAGCCACAGAUUUCUACGACAUCCUCGGCAUAGAGGCCGUGCGCAAGACCUGCUCAGAAGCAGACAUCAAGAAGGCCUACCGCAAGCAGUCCCUCCUGACUCACCCAGACAAGAACGGCCACGAGCACGCCGACGAGGCUUUCAAGAUGGUUUCGAGGGCCUUCAGCGUACUAGGCGAUAAGGAGAAGAGGGAGAAGUAUGACAAAUUUGGAGGCGACCCGGACAGCAGAUUCAGCCAGGCACAAGCACAGAACCCGUUCGCUGGGUUCGCGGCCAGACAAGGUGGCGGAGGGAGAGGGCCCAUGGGCGGGGGCAUGUGGGAGGACGAGCUGAGUCCGGAGGAGAUGUUCCAGCGGUUCUUCGGCGGCGGCGGCGGGUUUGGCGGCGGUGGCCCCUUCGGUGGUCCGCAGUUCGUCUUCAACUUCGGCGGCCCGGGCGUAAGGGUACAUCAGUUCGGCGGCGGGCGGCCACGCAGACGACCACGCGAGAACGAGCAGCAAGCGCCGGACAACAGCCUGUUCAACACGCUCAUGGGGCUUCUCCCCAUCAUCUUCCUGUUCCUGUUCCCGCUGCUCUCGUCGCUCUUCUCGGGCGGCGGCAGCACGCCCGCGGGGCCGAACAUGGUCUUCGACGCGCCCGACGCACAGCACACCUUCGAGCGGAUAACGCCCAAGCUCAAGGUGCACUACUACGUCAACCCGGUCGAGAUCAAGUCGUACACCAAGACGCAGCUGGCGCGCAUGGACAGCAAUGCCGAGGUGGUGCUGGUGCGGCACCUGCAGCACGAGUGCGAGAACGAGAUGCUGCACAAGCAGAGGCUGUACGACGAGGCGCAGGGCUGGUUCGUGCAGGACCCGGACAAGAUGGCCAUCGCGGAGCGGUACUCGCAGCCGAGCUGCCAGAGGCUUAACAAGCUGGGCAUCAGGACGACCAGGUGA